GUGUGCCUGUCGUAGAUGGCUGCCGACGCACCCGCCAGUCAACCCACCACAUGCAGUUGGCAUGCUAUGUUCGUGCUCCGAUCAAAAUGGACCAUAUCAUGGUCGCUCAUCGCCCAUCCUGCCUCAUCUCUCCCGCCCAUCUUUCCUCCUCGCCCAACUUGUCUCUUACCUGCCAUCGCCUACAUACUCUUGAUAGCGCUUAUCACAAUGUCUUCCUUGCAACAGGCGGAUGUCGCAUUCCUGGCCAGAUUGGCUCUGCGUGAAUCUGCAGUUGGCCUUGUCACCGAUUGCAUGAAUUGUGGGGGUACAGUUCCAAUCACCAUAUGUCGGAGCGAUGCGAAUGGGAACUCGGGGAAGCCGAUGGCAAGGCAUCAAUCAUGUUCCUUCUUCUGCUGGUUCCCUCAAAUUCUAUCGCAUCCAGACAUCAUGGCCCUCCUCCCAUCAUCAAGUCGUUCCCCAAGUCUCACCAGUUCUCAGCCGGCACCUUCUACCUUCACGAGCGGCACUAGUGCUGCUUCCGCAACUCAAUUCCCUUCAACGCAACCUCUUGCCUCAACUGGCAAUGGCAAGAAGCCACGCAAGCGAGGCAUCAAAUGCAACGGUGCCUUUUGCCAACGAGCGAGCGUGCUGCGUUGUCCGCAUGUGAAGUGCCUCACCCAUUGUAUCGAGGAGGCGGGAGGAUGUCCAGUGCACCUCACUGAGACAGAUAACCAGCAGCAGCACCCUAUCGCGCAGCAGGAGUGGAAUUGGGACUAUGAUCAGGAGGAUACUCUUAUGCUCCCUGCUGAGGAUACUCUCGCACUCCCUGCUGAGCCCUACUGGCAUGAGGAUGGAGUUCAGACGAACGACGGGCUGAGAGCACUUCAACGUGCACUCCAGUCUGUUGGCGCUGGACAGCCUGCUGUGUUCCCAUCAUUUCAUGAUAUUUUGAUAGCUCCUGCACCAUCGCAACCACCCGCGUCGACAACACAACCGCCCGCACCAUCGCAACCACCCGCGCCAUCGCAACCACCCACACUAUUGCAACCACCCGCGCCAUCCCAGCAGUCUCAUCUGCCCCCUCUGUUGCAAAUCACCCGGCUGCCAAUGCGCUCUCAGCAUGGUGAUGCCUUAGCUCCACACGCCUUCCCGGUUCAUAAGCUGUCAAAGCCUCUGCGUGUAACCGAUCAACUUGACCCAAUGUGGACAGGUGACCUCAAUGCGCGUGCGCGAGAGGAAAUUGAGAGCAAGAGGGUGUCAGAACGUCGCAAGGAGAUGGAACGAGCUUCCAGGCAGCACUUUGUCUUGUACUGGUUUGAUGCUGACAACACGCCAGUGUCGAUGCAGUGGGCUGUUCACUGCCCGUACUUCCCACAAUAUCAGCUCUCAGAUGAUCCCACCCUUGUCAACUCCCUUGGCAGCAAUAUUUCAAAAAUCGACGUCUUUGAGGAAAGCUUCAUGCAUUGGAUUCCGUCAACGCUCGCUCACCCCUUCACUCUUGACUCGGGUUGCCACGUCUUCAUACGACGUCAUGGUGUCACUGAGUGCAGCGGCUUCGAUGAGUUAUUUAAGUCUUCCAAACUGUUGACUCGCCCUUCUCACAUGCGCUUCAAUAUGAAGGGUGAGCGUGAUAGCAUACGCAAGAAGAUGAAGCAACGACAGGCAUCCACCCCGGCUUCAUCAUCGGAUGUCGAGAUUCUCGAUGACGACAUGCAACUUACACCUGAGCUCAAGAAGACAAAGCGACGAGAGACAUCCAUUGCCGCUUCAUCAUCGGACAUCGAGAUUCUGGACAACGAGGCACAACUUACACCCAAGUCUGCGCCUUCGAUGUCUGCAUCAGUUGCAGUCAAUGACAUUCGGCAACCAGCGCCACCUUUGGAAACUCACCAGUCAGCUCAGGCUUCUCCGUCCAUCAUUCCUGUGCAUGUCCCAAUAUACGAUCAUGGCAAGCCACGACGAGUCUGGCCACAGGGAAUGUACACAGUUGAUAUGGUUGUCGGCUUUCAGCAGAUGGACAUCCCAAAGUUCCGUAACUAUGGUCAGGAGCAGCUUUUUCGUCUCAUCUUUGGUGACACUCCAUUUGUUAAGGCCACAUAUCAUGAAAAUCGCAAGGCGUGGCGCGAGACGCCACUGACCAUCCUCGAGGCACACAAGCAAAGCGGGCGCACUCAAGAUGGCCUUUGGUCGAACUGUCUUGCUGCGCGCUGCAUUGCCUUGGGUCUGGAGAGCAAGAAACAUAGCCAGCGGAAGUAGUGUCAAAGUAUUG